AUGCGCAGUGUUAUUAUUAGUAUCGGUGAAGGACACUGGAAGAGAUGUGACAUUAGUGUAACGUUAUCAACCGAUUCCGAUUUUCCAGUAUUUGCAUUAUAAAGCCGUUGACUGCAUUUCGCCACACAUGAACAUCUCCUCCUGAUUCCAUACUGACAGGCUUUUUGACUGCAUUGCAGAGGUGCAGGGACGGAAAACUACAACUGUUCCUGUGAUUUGCUCCACUAUGUCACUUUGCUGGUAAUCUAAUGCUGUGAGGAUCCUGAGCAGCCUGUCCUGAAUGGCUGUGUGCAGAGGGGGUGUCUCGUUUUGGGUAGGUUGCAUCAGGAGUCAUGGCUGCCAGCCGCUGAUAAAGAAGCAGAACUGGAAUAUAUGGCAGGUGGUGUUAAAUGCCCCCUGUAGAUCUCUGAGCAGUGGAUCAUGGGCCUUGGCUCCUCCAAACAGCCUACAUUAUCAGUCCGUCCACAAACCGUCUCCACCUAACCCAUUCCAUCAUGUGUCCCAGCCGAGAGAGCAAACUCCUGAAGAAGACUGGGAGGAGACCCUUAGCGUGUGCGUCCUGCUCAAACCCAGGGAAGCAGUCGAUCAGUGUACACUGGUGGAGGUUCCCCUGUUCGGACAAAUCAAGCUGAAUGAGCUCCUGGCAUUGGGAGCCAACCGGCCCACUGACUUUUCUUUCCCUUUAACCACUGUUGAUGGAAGAAGAGAAGAUGACAUUAGUGUUAUUGGAAAGUCAAGGACUGAGUUAAAACCGGAUCAGGAGCAGAGCUCAUUUCGGAGUUUGUUCGAGGCUGAAGGAUGCCCUGCGCCGUUCACAUUGGGAUCACGCUUUUAUUGCUUUCACUGUCCUGGAACAGAGCCUGUACCUGAGGCUGGAGAUAAGCUGAGAAUUGGACAUGUCUACUUUCCUCGUUCUGUUAGCUCUCUCUGCAGUUAUGCAGAGACAGAAAGUAUGGACAGAGGUUCCAGUGAGAAGGACAAUGAGAAUGAGGAGAAACUGGCAUUGAUGCAUGAAAAGCUUAGGAUUGAGCUCCCCAGGUUUUUUCUGAAAAAUCACGACUACAGCAUGUAUUCAAACAACGUGGAGUUCAUCAAUGACCUUCUCAACAUGAAAACCAGAGGCCGUGUAGCGUAUCAGCUGACCCUGGCGCUGUGGCGACUCCUGUGCCUGUGCUAUUACGCAGAUGCGCGGAUGGAGGUGCUGAAGCUGACCAAGCACCCAGAGGAUGGCUCCAUCAAAGCGCGCUGGAGGGUCAAGGGAUUGCCGUUUCACACUCUUCUCCUCCGCUUCUACAAGAAAGAUAAAAGCCAGUUUUACAGGACCUUUGAUGCAUUCUCUACCUUCUAUCUGGGUUCUGACGGACUCAUACACUGUCAUAAAGUUGAAAAGGUAAUGCAGGCACAACCACCUGUGUUGCCCAAAGUGACAUCGCUGCUAGCAGGAGCUCUGGUGGCUCUCGGGCUUCAAGAGGACCGGCCAGCUCUUAAUCUUCUCCCAAUGUUGCUCUCCUCCUUCAGACAGGCUCAAGAUUAAAGAAAGCUGGACGGACAUGGCACUGCACAAGGAUGUGUGGGGGUAGAGAGAGAAAUAUACAUUUCUGUCGAUGGUGAGAAGGACUAGAAUCCAGUCUCAUAGAGAGAAAUGAGAUGUUCCUAAUGACGGAGAAGAAUAGUGGUAACAAAAUAGGAGAUGAAAACAGUCCUCAUGUCCAUACACUCUCUUAACUGUUGAAUAUUAACUGAUACUGUGCCAUAUAACAUCCCAAAGUAAGUUGAUGCAGGAUUCACUACACCAUUUACUUCCAUUCUGUUUACUGUACUGCUUAAAAUCUACCAUGGACUAAAACAUCUAGAAUGGUGGUUAGUUUCCGAAAAAGUUCUGUAACAAAUCCCUAAAAAAAUCGCAUUAACAGAAUCAACAAUCAUAAACAAAGAGAAACAAAAGACACACUCCUAGGCUGUGUCAUAAAUACUGUUUACCUUUAGGACAACAGCUGUCUUAAAUACAGUCAUGUUGAGAUUUCUAGCAGGAACUUGUCAAGAGUAGCGUAUAUUUCAAAUGCAGACCAACCACUUUGGGCUAAAAGGAGGUUCUGUAUCAAACUGUAAAAAUUUACAUGCAGAUUUACAUGCAACUUGUAGAAUUUUUUUUUUUUGCACCUGCCUAUUAUGAGGAACUAGUCUGGUUGGUGGUAAGAUGGAGGAGCAGUUACCGUCGUGACCUCAUGAUUCAUGACAUAUUCCACAAAGUGAAAGUUUUGUUUUGAUGCACAAUUAAAACAAGUUAGCACAGCUCUGCUUGCUUAAGGCAGGUACAUAGAUCUUAGUCAGUACACACAGUUGCUUCUAAUUGCCUGUUAUACAUAAGCUGAAGUAGUGUUUGUCUUUACUGUAACACAGCAUAAAGCACAGACCAAUGUAAGGGUUCAGUUACAGUCAGUUAGGUAUAACAUUAGUGGAAUGUUAUAAUUUAUACCACAGCAAUGUUGAAUUCUUAGUUUCUGAUGUAUGGAAGGAGUCUCCACUGUGAGUGCUCUGAAACAGUCAGUUUCCACAAUGGGAAAGUCUUCAGAACAGAGGAAACAGUCUCUCUGAAACAUAAGCGAUAGUAAGUGUUGUUUCACGGAAGUUCCAUGUCAUUAAAUGCAACUGUAAAUGGAUAAAAAUACAAGGUUUGGCUCUUUAAUUAAUAAAAAAUUAUAUAAUUAUAUAUAUAUAAGUAAUUAUUUGCAAAUCGCUGUGGUACAAGAGGAAUAAAAUACUUCAGGACAUGCUGUUAACAGUGUGUAACAGUAACUUUGCUUUGCAUCAGACUUUGAGAGUUGAUUACUUACCAUCUGUAUGAUAACAGUAUGUCAUAAAGUGUUUUAUUUCCUUAGUAAUGCUUUUGUAGGGCUUAUUAACACUGUACCGUGUUUCAUAUAUGUGCACUGCUAAUUGAGUAAUGUUGACAUAGUCUGUGACUACAGCUAAUCCCCCAGUGUGGAUAAAAAGUGGUUCUCUGUUGACUUUUGACUGAUUUAGGCAUAAAUUAACUCAUCAGGAAUUAGCAUGGUAGUAUACAAAGCUUGCUAGAUUGGCCUGGAAAAUACCUAGUUAUAAGAUUUCCCUGCAUUAUAUGCUCUUCUGUCUGAACGCGUUCCCUAGUUGGAGUCUUGUGCAUAGACGUUGGCAGUUUAUCAGGUACCAGCACUGUAGGUGCACAUAGUAGGUGUCCAGUUAUUGACUAGUGGAAUGUUGAUGUGUGUGUGGUGCUGGUGUUGGUCACUUUGUUGGUCAGUGUACAGUUGGAGAUGUUGACCUUCAUCACAUGCACAACUGGUUUUAAUUGUUUUCUCAGCACUGCAGUUGGCUGGAUAUCUUUGGUAAGAGGAUCCAGAAGUGGCACUGAUGUUUAACCUCAUGUCAGUGCGACUGCUCUGAUCAGAACGGUCCACCACUCAAAUCAUCAGCGGUAGUCUUAUGGUGGUCCCUUUCAAGAACUGUAUACCUACAAAGUGCACUUAUAUGGUAGGUUAACCUGAUAAAGUGGCAACGUAGACAGUGUGGUAAAAAUGACACUCUUGAAAAACACACAACCUCUCUGCGUUUUGCCUUGCUUGUAAACUGCUCUUUUAGUGAAACACAGUUCUGCCUCUACAGAAAAUCAGUGACAGGCAAUCGAAGGACAGGAAAGGGGGUGUACAUAAUUCUGAAUAAAACACAGCCAUGGCCUGUAUUUAUUUUCGCUUUUCAUAUCCUAAUCAAUAGAAAAUGAGUGAUACUGUGCCGACUGAUUAAUUUCCUGCCCUGUUUGCGAACCAAGCUCAGAAGUAUAGACAAGACACACUAUAUGGCCAGACGUUUGUGGACACCUGACCAUCACACCUGUAUGUGCCUGUUGAACAUCCCGUUCCAGAUUUAUUUACUGUUAUAAUAAGCUCCACUCUUCUGGGAAGGCUUUCCACUAGAUUUUGGAGCGUGGCUGUGGGGAUUUGUGUUCAUUCAGCUACAAGAGUAUUAGUGAGAUCAGGCACUGAUGUUGGUGAGGAGGUCUGGGGUCCAGUCAGUGUUUCAGUUCAUCCCAGAGGUGUUCAGUGGGGUUGAGGUCAGGGCUCUGUGCAGGAUCUUAACACACCAUGUCUUCAUGGAGCUCGCUCUGUGCACAGGGGCAUUGUCAUGCCCCCUUCAGUGAAGGGAAACUGUAAUGCUACAGCAUACAAACACAUUCUAUACAAUUGUGUGCUUCCAACUUUGUGGCAACAGUUUGGGGAAGAACCACAUAUGGCUGUGAUGGUCAGGUUUCCACAAACGUCUGGCCAUGUAUAGUAGUUCAGGUCAAGUAAAUCCACAACACAGCAGGCGUGAGUAAAACAGUGUUGGAUUGUCUUCUGUAUAAAUGUGAAUUUAUUAGCCUGUGUUGCUUUAUUGAUCAGUGUUAUAUUCAGAGCCAAGUUUGUUUUCUUUGACAAGAUUUUGAAAACAAGUGCAGAUUUGAUUUCCAGGGCGGAAAAAAAAAAUAAAACCCUGUAAUAACAUGUCAUACAUCCUGCUACUUGCACUUUAAAAUUUAGCUUGAUGAUCCAUUGUGCAGACAAUUUAAACACAAUAAUCCCACAAAAAUCAACAUGAAAACUGAAUAAUUGGUCUGAUGCUGUGAUGUUUAUUUAUUUUGCUGUCAGUAACCCAAAUUGUGGUAUGAAAACGUGUGGAUAAUAAAGUGUACAGGCACUGUU